CUCUCCGCCACCAUCGAGGCCGUGCUGCAGGUGUACAUCUUGAAGGCCAUCGACGAGAGUCAGGAGUUGCGCCUGCCGCGCAAAAUCCGACGGCUCGACAUCGACCCCGCGACGCUGAAGAAUAAGACAGAAGUCACGCUGCGCCUCGAGCUGGCCACCGGCAUCCUGGUUGGGGAUUGCGUGUACGCGAGCGGGGUAACUCUUCAGGAGCUGCCCCCCGCGCUCCGCGUCCAGUCCCUGCCAACUCCUGAGCUGCUGCCCCUUGGCGAGACAAGCUUCCAGACGCCGGAGGAGUUCGUACGGAUGGCGGUGACCGUGGUUCUGAUGGGCGCCCAGUACCAAGGCGCACCCCAGGUCACCUUUCUUAAGCUGCCCAACGGCAAGAAGACCGCUGCGCUCAGCACGAUGGUGCUCAGCGCCACUCGGGCAGCCGGUUACGCGCAGGCGCACGUGGUGGCGCUGACCGCAGAGGGCACGAGCCCGCCAGGGUUCAGAGGAAAGGUUCCGCUGCUCGUCACGGGCCCCAACACCAUGGUCGAGGCCAUGCAAGUCCUCGACGUGGGACUUGCCGACGCCCUGCUCGUCUGGUCGACAGACCGCCUGACCGUCAAGAACAAGUGGACCGCUGGCGUGGACAUCUGCAUCCUGGCCCAGCAGCAGUGCUUGAUCGGCGAGUGGCUGACGUUGCUCCGCCGCGCCCAGCCCUUGGACAAGAAGGACACCGUGGUGGUGCAUCUGGACGGGGAGACAACGCUCCCUAGGCACGCAAGGCCAACCACCACUGUCGUCCUGGUCUCACGGUCAGGCCCCGGCAAGCUGCGGCAAAACAUUCAAGAUAUCCAGAAGAAGGUGGAAGCUCUUCCCUACGCUGCCAAAACCAGGCUGGUGUUCAUCGAGGAUGAGAAGGCCCCCGCCUUCGACGUGGACAAGGAGCUCCACCAGCUGGCGCGCGGUUUCCGCGUGAACGUGCUGAGGGAGGGAGGCGUGUGGAGCACACCAGCGCCCGCCAUGCACGUCCAAAAGCCCUGCACCCUCAGCACCGCUCUGGCCGCAACCAGACUGGGAGACAUGCGACUACAGUUCGUGGGCGUGACACCGCUCAGCCGCCUCCUCGACGGCGGCCCGUCCCACCUGGACUACGUCGGCGUGCUAGAGAACGGCGCCGAGGCCGUGCGGGUGAUGGGCGUGGGCCGCUGGCUGCCGGACGACCGGGUGCCACAGCUGGACCCGGUUCUGCGCUGGCCGGUCCCGGCGAGCUGGUCCACCCGGGACGCCGCCACCGUCCCCUUCGUGUACGCGCUCGUGUACCACGCGCUGCAGGUGCCGCGGCGAGUCCAUCCUGGUUCUCAGAUGUUCCUCCUGGGUAGUGCUGUGUUCGGCUGCUCGGGCAGCGAGCUGUUCCACGCCACCGAGGACACCCGCCUCUUGGUGGUGGAGGCCGUCGCCAAGGGGAUCCGCGACGGGGUUGUGCAGCCCAUUGUGGGGGCCGAGGACUACAGCAGUCCCCGGAGUAUCGGUGACCUAAGGCGUGGGACGAAAGCGGUGGUUAAGGUGGACAGCAUGGCGCUGGGAGCCAGCCGGGUGUGCGACCCCAACAAGUGCUACAUCGUUGUCGGUUGCCAAGCCGUGGACGCGCUGUUCCUGGCCAGCCGGCUGGCCGUGCUGGGCGCGCGCCACAUCCUGGCCGUCGUGGGAUCGUCGCCGAGCUCUCCGCUCGUGCGGCAGAGGCAGCGCGCUCUCCGGCGGCAGCUCGGCGCUGGCCUGCAAGUGCUUCAUGUGCGCGAGUGGACUCCAGCUGCGGCCGAGAGCGUGCUGAAGGUGGCGUCCAGUGUGGCUCCGGUGCACAGAGCCGUCGUGGUCGUCAAGGUGCCAGGGGGGAUGAAACACCUGGAAACAGGAUCUGGUCACCGAGCUCCUAUGCAGAAACCCCCUAAGGGGCGAUAG